AUGCAGGCUGAGAGGGGUGUGUUCAUUUCUCAGCUCCCGGCGCACACACACGCACACACACUGAUGGCCAUGCCCCAGAGAUACUCCCACCAGAGGAGGAAAGCCAGCACAGCAGCUGCUAGGAGGAUGGAGCGGAGACGCAGGGACCAGGGGAAAGGCAGCAACAACAGCAGCAGCCCAAACCAGCGGUCCAAGAAGCUGGCCAUGCUCUCCAGGUCCCUGAUCCUGUGCCACUCUAAGACCAGCGAUGACUGCCCAGGUACAGAAGACAGGCAUGCUGGAGAUGGCUUGGAUGGGGGCAGGGUGUGGGGGCCAGGCUGGAGGACAGACCUGACAACUAAUGACGGAAAGGGCUAUAGAGACGCAGAGAAUGGGCACUGGAGGAAGAGCCAACAAACAGUUAUGGAGAAAAGAGGAGGCGAUGAGGCAGCAAACCAGCUCCAUCAUGCCAACACACUCAGAGAGAACAAGAGGAGCAUCAGAAGGUCCUUCAGCAUCAAGGAGAGCAGUAUCUGGAGGAUGUGUGUAGCCACGGGGCCGGGUGAGGAGGUGCGUGGACCACAAAUGGCUGAUAACAGUGUCCAGACCGAGGACAAAGACACUAGUGUGGAGCCAGGGAGGAAUGGAGGGGAGCUAUACAGGAGCUGUAACUUCUUGAGCCCAGACAAGCUGGCACCCUUUAACGGACAGUGUCUAAAUGGCAUUGCAAGGAUGGAGGGGGAGGGAAUGAGGAACAUCCACAUUAAAGCCUAUAGUAAGGACAUUUCCACAUGUGAAGACAGUCUCCAUCCCCACAGUUUGACCACAAGCCCACAGCAUCCGGCCCUCAUUUCCCCAUCUGAUCCUCAAUCAGUGUCCGGCUACACAGACAAAGAUCUUCUGGCCAACAACAACCACCUUAAGUUACCCAUCCCAGAAGUGAAUGAGGAGAGAUGCUGGGACACGGAUAAAACAGAGCAGAGCUCACAGGGACAGAUGGCCAGCAAUAGGACACGCUCCAAUUCAACUAGCGUCCAUCCCUACUGGAUUGGGGAUCUGGAGAACAUCAUCAUGAAGACUCCAGAGCUGUACAGCAGUCAUCUUCCUGGCAAUGGUGGAUUGUAUGGAAACAGGAAGUCUUUGUCCCAGCAGCUGGAGUUUCCUCACACUGUCAUGCAGCCUGUGCACCGCCCUUCCCGUUCUCUCAGCUCCGCCCAGCUGGUCCACUCCAGCAGUAACAUCCAAGCCUUCAUAAUCUGUAAUAUUGUUCUGAUGAAGGGUCAUGGCAAGGGUCUUGGCUUCAGUAUAGUUGGAGGAAGGGACAGCAUGUAUGGACCAAUGGGGAUUUAUGUGAAGACCAUCUUCCCUGGAGGGGCGGCGGCUGCUGAUGGAAGGCUGCAGGAGGGAGAUGAGAUACUGGAACUGAACGGAGAGCCUCUACAUGGCUUGACUCAUGAGGACGCCCUGCAGAGAUUCAAACAAAUCAAGAAGGGCUUGCUGACUCUGGCGGUGAGGACCAGCCUUCGUGUGGGGGCGCUGUGCGGCCAAGCCCAGGUGGCUCAGCUGUGCAGGUCACGCUCCCUCAGCUCCACUACAGGUAUGGCCAGGGUCAGUGUCGACAUGGGAGACUACAACUACCUGACCAACGGCAGCAACAACACACUGACCGUCCCGGGUCAGCUGGCCAAACCCAGGGACCGCAUCAUGAUGGAGAUUGUCCUGCAGAAAGAAGCUGGUGUUGGUCUGGGUAUUGGGUUGUGCUGUGUUCCCUCUGCUGAUGGCUGUCCUGGCAUCUACAUCCACACUCUGUCCCCUGGGUCUGUAGCGCACAUGGAUGGCAGACUCAGGUGUGGGGAUGAGCUCAUGGAGAUCAACGACACGGUGGUUUACAACAUGGCGCUGAACGACGUCUACACAGUUCUGAGCCAGUGCACUCCCGGUCCGGUCCAGAUCAUCAUCAGUCGACACCCUGACCCCAAAGUAUCAGAGCAGCAGCUGAAUGAUGCUAUAGCCCAAGCAGUAGAAAACAGCAAACUGAGGAAGGACAAGAGCCAGUGGAGUAUUGAUGGGCUACGAAGACUAGAGUCUUGCUCUCACAGCCGGCAGAAGUGUGAGCGCUGCCUGGAGAGGAGUUUCAGCCAGCUGACUGUGCGACGGGCUCAGAGGGCCAUGACCCGCUCCUGCAGCGACAGCACCAACAACCACCACCACCACGGCCGCUGCCUCAGCCCCACCAUCACCAUCCACAGCCUGCAUAACACAAACCACAACCCACCGGCCCGUGUCCACAGCCUGGACACGACCAUGUCUACGACAGAGCCAUGGUCUGACAACAGACUGUCGGUGCCACUGUAUCCUGAUGAUGACUACAACGUCCCGUACAACUCUCCUGCCGCCAACCUGAGCAGCCAGCAGGCCCUGGACCUGGCCUUCAGGGCCAACAAGUCCAAGUCCAGGGUGUGUGUUAUUCCACGGAGAUACUGCCGGCCUCAGGAUGUGACAAGCGAGGAGGGUUACGCUGGAGACUCCAGUGGCUCCAGCAGAGGGUCCCCCGUGAGAGAUGAUGCAUUGGGUCCCUCAGCAUACAACGGAUGCCAGGAAGGAGCGCAAAUGAGAGAACACUCAGAGGGAAGUAGAGAAGUUUUCAGCCAAACAGACUCUGCAGAGUGCCCUCAGCCCUCAGCCUGCACAGACAACCAACUGCAAAGAGGUCAUUCAUCGCUUCAGCUCUGCUCCCCGGCUAAGAGAGGAGCUCUGAGGAGGCAGGCUCGUGUUGAACAACAUACCCAAGAGCAACUGCAGGAUCCCUGGGUUCGCCUUUCAGACAGUUCCCCUGGAAAUCCCCUAGAGAUCCCACAUCACCACACUGCAGACGGUGCACAGCCUGAGAAAGCCCAUCAGUACAGCCCGCAACAACACAACACCAACAGUCACCCUGCCACCAUGAAUGAUGAAGAAAACACCCAAGAACUCAAUGGGACGGUCACAGAUUCGUCUUCAGAGCCUGCUUCUGACCCAACUCCCCCACCCAUAUCUGAGAACCUCCAAGGAGUGAAGAAGGGGCCUCCGGUGGCACCCAAGCCCCUCUGGUUCCGCCAGAGCCUGAGAAAUAUUCGGAAUGGGCGGGACCAGACGGAGCUAGCUAAACCAGUGGAUCCAAAGCCUGUUGUGGGAUUCAGCAGGAGCUUUGGAGGGAGCACCAGGUCUGCCUCUUCUUCCAGCAACUUGUCAAUCAAACAGAAGAUCCAUUCAUUUGAAACCUUUUCUUGUCCAGAAGGUCAAGAGAAGGGGGGCAACAGGAGGAUCCUGACCCCGUCCGCCUCUCUUCCCCUGAAGGAGAAGGAUAGUCCCAGGAGUCACCUUACCCCACUGGAAGAUCAUGGGACUUGCAAAACUGAAACUUCUAACGAGAUCAGUGCAAACUGUUUGGUAUCUGCUGAGGAGAGAGAGAACACAAGCUUGCUGCCUUCAUCAUCUAUUAUUUGUACCGAAUCUCCUUCCACCGACUCAUCCACUGCUCCCCCAUACUCCGAGACCAUCGACACAGAGCCAGGCUCAGGGAUGACUGAUUCCCAUUUGGUUCCAGUCAAAAAUGACAUGCACACCUCAUCAACCAGCCAGGAUGCAGCCUGCCCAGAGGCAGACCUGGAAACAAUUGCUCUCAGUAGAUCUGCAGAACCAAAUAUCUGCCCCCCUGGUGAUGCCACCCCCAGGAGGCCGAGCAGUGCCAAAGAAGAAAGUCCUCCACCUGAAGGGAAUGGAGAGCAGAGCCAUGGGAAACAACUGAGCCUGACCCAGAAUGACUCACAAUCCCCAGAAUUUUCUUCCCUCAAAGGCCUGGAGGGGGAGAGCUUGGAGAAAAUCCUUGCCUUCAGUAACCAGGUAUCCCAAGCUUUGAUGCGCUCCCUGCCCAUGGGCUCCAGCUCUUUAAAUGAAGGCCACUCUGCGCUGUCAGAUUCCCAUAACUCAAACACUGAGCUCAGCUCACAGGAGUCAGUCCCAGCCCUGGAUAGCCUUGACAAAGGAUUCUCCGUCAGCUUGGCCAAACUAAGGGAGUGUACCAUCGAGCGAGGUGAGGGGGGGGCAGAUGAAGAAGCACCCGUCACUUCUGACUGUGCUCACUCUGUCAUAUCAGCCAUCCCCUCACAGGAAAUACACAGGAUGAUCCAGGAAGUUAAAGCUCUGGAUGAGGAGACUCUGAAGCAACUAGUGGACAUCCAUGUUGUCAUUCUGCACAAGGAGGAGGGAGCUGGCCUGGGCUUCACCAUCGCUGGAGGGGCUGACCUGGAGAACAAAGCACCAACAGUCCACAGAGUGUUUCCCAGUGGCCUGGCGGCUCAGGAGGGCACCAUCCAGAAAGGAGAUGAGGUCUUGUCUAUCAAUGGACAAACACUUGGCGGAGUUACACACGCAGAUGCCACCGCUGCUCUGCGCCAGGCCCGCAGCCUGAAGCUGGCUGUGGUGGUGAUCUGCAAGAGACCAGAUGAUGAAGGACGAGAGGGGGGAGGCACCAGGACCGAUGACGCCAACACAACAAUGGAGGAGCUGGGAGCCCCGCUCACUGUGACGAUGGAGAAAGGAGCAGCAGGCAUCGGCUUCAGUCUGGACGGGGGAAAAGGAUCAAUCCACGGAGACAGACCACUGGUCAUCAACAGGCUCUUUGCAGGUGGUGCGGGGGAGCAGGGCGGUCUGCAGCCCGGAGACGAGCUGCUGCAGGUUCAGGACAUCAGCUUACAGGAGAUGACCCGCUUUGAAGCCUGGAACAUCAUCAAGGCCUUGCCUGAAGGAGCCGUCACAGUGGUCAUCAGGAGGAGGAGGGAGGACACAGAAUGACAGCACAGCCAACAUCGCUAAACAAGCUCAGGCCGAAGAGAAUUACAAAAAAUAAAUACAAAUUAAAAAAAAAAAAAAAAA